UGUAGGGAGGGAGGUGGAAGCACUAGGAGGAGGGGAGGGGUGGAGAGAAGAGGGGAGGGAUGGGGGAGGGGAAACAGGAGCGAGGUGUCUCCCCAGCUCGCUGCCUCUGGCAAGUGGAGUUUUUAAAAAGCUCCAGCAGAUCAUGUCAUGACGACUUCGCUGCUCCUGCAUCCACGCUGGCCGGAGAGCCUUAUGUACGUCUAUGAGGACAGCGCGGCGGAGAGCAGCAUCGGCGGCUGCGGAGGAGGAGGCGGCGGCGCGGGCGGAGCGGGGGGCGGCUGCAGCGGAGCGAGCCCCGGCAAAGCCCCGAGCAUGGAUGGUCUGGGCAGCAGCUGCCCGGCCAGCCACUGCCGCGACCUGCUUCCGCACCCCGUGCUGGGCCGCCCGCCGGCUCCCCUGGGCGCCCCUCAGGGCGCCGUCUAUACGGACAUCCCGGCCCCGGAGGCGGCGCGCCAGUGUGCCCCGCCGCCCGCACCCCCCACCUCGUCCAGCGCCACCCUGGGCUACGGCUACCCCUUCGGGGGCAGCUACUACGGCUGCCGCCUGUCGCACAACGUGAACCUGCAGCAGAAGCCUUGCGCCUACCACCCGGGCGAUAAAUACCCGGAGCCGUCGGGCGCCCUGCCCGGUGACGACCUGUCCUCCAGGGCCAAGGAGUUCGCCUUCUACCCCAGCUUCGCCAGCUCCUACCAGGCGAUGCCCGGCUACCUGGACGUGUCGGUGGUGCCCGGGAUCAGCGGGCACCCGGAGCCGCGUCACGACGCGCUCAUCCCCGUCGAAGGCUACCAGCACUGGGCUCUCUCCAAUGGCUGGGACAGUCAGGUGUACUGCUCCAAGGAGCAGUCGCAGUCCGCCCACCUCUGGAAGUCUCCCUUCCCAGACGUGGUUCCCCUGCAGCCCGAGGUGAGCAGCUACCGGCGCGGGCGCAAGAAACGCGUGCCCUACACUAAGGUGCAGCUGAAGGAGCUAGAGAAGGAAUACGCGGCUAGCAAGUUCAUCACCAAAGAGAAGCGCCGGCGCAUCUCCGCCACCACGAACCUCUCUGAGCGCCAGGUAACCAUCUGGUUCCAGAACCGGCGGGUCAAAGAGAAGAAAGUGGUCAGCAAAUCGAAAGCGCCUCAUCUCCACUCCACCUGACCACCCACCCGCUGCUUGCCCCAUCUAUUUAUGUCACCGCUUUGUACCAUAACCGAACCCAGGAAAAGACGCUGCGCAGGUGCAGAAGAGUAUUUAAUGUUAAGGAGAGAGAGGAAUCCCGCCGCCUGGAGGCAGAGAGGCUCCAUGGCCGUGCUGCUGGGCCAUCCCCAACUCCCUAUCCCAUCCCCAGCCUCCACCCCCAUCCAGAUGGGACUCACCUGGCUUAAACAGCUUUGGAAAUGGGUCCCGGGUGGGCCCUGCGAGGAAGGCUGUCGACCUCUACUCCUCCUUGAGCUCACCUUGCCGGAAAGUCCGGUGGCAGCGCAGACCCCAAUCAUUCCAGCCACAGCAGGGUUGGGGAAUCCCGAAUGGCUCCAAUUCUUGCCUCAUCCUAUGACCAGGCUGGUAGAGGACCUUCUCUAAGGGCGCAGCUUCCGGGCAGGAUCUGUCCGGCUCAUACUUUGCUUCGCUGUCCCUCCCGCACUCCUUAGGCAAGAUUUCCCAGUAAAGAUUUUCUGUGCAUAUUUUAAAAGUCGUGUUAAUACUCAUGAUAAUUAUUAGGGAUCUGGCAGCGUGAUUGGAGUAUGGAUGUUUCCGUAAAAGCUGGAAUUCCGUAAAAGCGUUGACACAGCCCCUACACUCCAUCGCAACAAAGAAACUGCAUUUUUGGGGGCCAGGUGGGAGCUGCCUUUGCCCCACUGCCUCCCCUGUUCUGCUCUGUCAGUCAACAUGUGGAAAUCCAAGGAGGACAAAGACUCCAGCCACGCUGCUAAAUAGGGCUUCUCUCUCCUCUCUUUCUCUCUCCAGGUGGUAAGGUUGGGGAUUAGGCCAGGCACAGAAGCAGAACUUUUUUCGAAGGAUAAACAUCUCUUUCAAAGGGAUGGAGAGUGGGUCCCUCAACAAAGUCCCUUUCCAGUUACCUUUCCAUCAAGGCACUAGCCCAGGAGGGACUCCUCACACUUUCACUUUUACUGAUUUCCAGAGGAAAGCUAGAGGAUCUAGUUCAAGAGGCAAGAAGAUCUGGCCCUCAAUUAGCUAAAUGUAGAUGCUGCCUAACAGUUCCCUCCUCAAAGGCCACCUUGGUGCUGUGGGGGCGCCUUGCCUCUUCCCUUCCCACUGGUGCAUUACAAAACAGUGUUCUUUUGAAAUGUUCAUCAGGAAUAGGCUUUUUUUUUUUAAAUGUUGUGUAUCUGUAUAUAGUAUUGUGAUGUCUGAAUGACAAUGUACUGAAUGCAAAAAGGAAAAAAACCCACAAACAUGUUUUUAAAAUAAAAUCUUUUUUUGCCUUGA